AUGGGAACUGGGACAAUGAUUUCAAGUGUGACCUCCAUUACGGCGAUUGCUGUAGUUGGAUGCCUUGCAGCUACCGUAUACCUUGUCCAUGACAUUAACAACUUUUACGACAACGCUGUCGAGGACUUGAAGGACUUUAAGGAUGUCGCCAACUCAGCAUGGAAUAAAAUGUUACCCACGCCUAUGGAUUUUACUCGGGAGAGACGACAUGUACAGAAAAAACGCGGCUCAGGUGGAGGAAAAUCACGUUGUGGUUGUGCAGAGCAGCCAAACAAUUGUCCUCUCGGGCGUCCAGGACCACCAGGGGAGCCUGGUGCAUCAGGAAAUGAUGGAUCGCCAGGGCAACCUGGAUUGCCUGGAGGACGCACAUCUGCCUAUCCUACUGGCCCCAACACCUGCAUACAGUGUCCUCCGGGACCGCCUGGUUUACCAGGCCAUGAUGGACAGCGAGGAUUAGUAGGAUCUGAGGGAUAUCCGGGAGCACCUGGAAGUGGGUCAUAUGCCAGACCUCCAGGUCCACCAGGACUACCUGGAGAUGCAGGAAAUGCUGGCGCUCCGGGACGCCCCGGUACACCCGGACAACCGGGAAAAGGAGCAGUAAAAGGAAGAGGAAAUCCUGGACCUGCUGGUGCACCCGGAACUAUUGGGAAUCCCGGACAGCCAGGUCUGGAUGGCAGCUCAGGAACUUGUGGAAAAGCUGGAGCUCGUGGAGAGUCUGGUCCUCCUGGUAACCCCGGUUCACCCGGUAGAGAGGGACACCGCGGACAGCCUGGAGGACCCGGAGAACAUGGCAGCGAUGCUGCCUACUGCCCAUGCCCACCGAGGAGCACACAGUAUCAGAGACCGUACAAUACUGGAGUUGAUCAGGUGUCCGUGGAGAGCGAUGGAUAUGGCGAAGAUACGGAAGAAGUAAAACAUUAUCAAUCUGGAAUCUCCAGAAAGGUCUGA